AUGAGAAAACGUGAAAACAAGCACGACAUGGUGAAUCAAACCCCCCACAUCGUUAUCUUAUCCUAUGAUGAAAAGAAGAUAAACAAAUUUGUGUCAUAUUUGACGAACACAUUUGAACCCCUGGAGAGUUACGAAAAGGCAGAUACGUAUAACCUCACAUUUGACCAGAAUGAUUCUCACAAUGGCUGCUCUUUUGUUUUUAAACAGAUGGUCAAGGUAGCCAUUGUAAAUAAGUACUACAACGCAGAGGUUACUAUUUCUUCAUGCGUGGUUCAAUCUGAAGAGCAUGACACUCAUGUGAAGGAAAAUCUGCCAAAUGUGGAAGGGGCUGUUGAAGUAAAACCGUUGGCGCAGAACCAGGCCAAACAACUAGACGCUAAAGAUAUCCUUUGUGAAAGCGUCAUUUUUCUCUUUGACCAUUUCACCAAAAAGGAAAAAAAUAUUGUUAAUGCAAACCCAUUUAGGAAAUAUGAUGAGGAGUGUGUAGAAUACGUUAAGGAUCCAAAGAGCCAACAAAUGAUACGAAAUCCCAAUUUCGAUUUUUCAAAUAUGUAUAAAGAUGUGGGAAUUAAAAUUGCCAUUUUUCCUUCAUCUCUUGAAAAAGACAAUAAAGAUAUUCUUAACUUUUUUAGCGACUAUUUUAUUGAAUGUUUGUACAUAAAUUAUGAGUCGCAUGUUUUGGCAGAACGUGAUGGGGAGGGGGAAUCCAAUUGUCCAGAUGAUGAAAACCAAAAUGUAAAAGAGGAAAACAUUCGAUUAAGAGAUUUUGAAGAUCAAAAUGAUGACGAAAGGUUGAUAGAAGCUCUGCAUUGCCAUAUGUGGAAGGGGCUGCAGAUUAAACGGGACCAUUUGAUCAUUCAGCAUAAGGGCGACUUCCCGAUGAGUCAAACCUUCAAGGGGGAUGAAGCUGUCUCAGGCGCGGAAAAAGACCCCAAGACGGGUAAAAUUGCCCCCAAUGGGGAGAAGACGCCCCAGGAUGGUAAAGAUGCACCAUGCGCAGAAGCUAAAAUUGAUCCAAAAGGAAACGUGGCAAAUGUGGCGAAUGUGGCCAACGUGGAUGACGGUGCCAAGACCCCCGAAGGGCAAAAAGAAAAACUGUUCAUGGAAAACUUCAACAGGAUUGUCGAAAAAAUAAGAGUAGCAAAAAUGGAAAAUCAAAAUUGCAGCAGCCAUUCUGCACGGAGAAAAAAAGCGGAAGAUAUUAUUUUCGAACUACAGCAGUAUUUCUGUGACAUGGAUGAAGACCUCGGAACGAUGAAGCUCUCUCAUGCAAUAAACAAACUGUUAGCAUCGCUUGGAGGCGUCCUCUUAGUUGCGUAUGAUGUUUUUCGAAUUCACAAAAGCAAUAUAAAUUAUGUGGACGAAAACACCUACAUGAUGGAUAACCCCUAUGUGCCUUUUUCCACUUUUCUGAUUCUGAGUUUUACAUACCUUUUCCUAAACGGUUUUUCGAACUCAAAGAAUAUGAUGGCAAAAGGGUUUACAGGCUUCCUAAGUUGCUUCUUAAUCACGUACGCCUUUGUCUUUUUUGCGCACCAGUUGCAUCUUACAUCAGAAUUCGCCAAGGCUGAGUCCGAGAUGCUCAGAGACUCAACCUACCUGUGCAUUUUCCUUUUCUUCUACUUCUGCUCGUUAUGCAUCGAGGCCCAUCGCAAUUUAUCAAGAGCCAUGUCAACCAAGGAGAGCAUUGGGGGGUCCAUCAAAAUCGAAGUUUGA